AUGGGGUAUGACAAGCAGCGGCUACUCCAAGAACUUAGGGCUCACCAGCUUGUCAGCGAUGAUGAAGAAGGGGUCCCUAUUGGAAGGCGAUCGAUUGCAAAGAAAGUCACGCGUGGGCCUCUGAGCGAGGGGAAUCGUCCGCGGGGAGCCGGACAGGCAGCCUGGCGAUUGGAGACUGCGCAUGGAAAAUGUCAUCAAAACUUCAUACGGUCACACCUCUCUGAGUUGACCGAGUUUGUUCCUCCAGAAGAGCGACGCUGGCCUUCCCAGGAGAUUCGUUUCACGCACUUCGACGUGUUCAUCAAGAAGCAUUCAAAACAUCUUCCACUCGGCAUUACUUCAGCCUUUUUGAGAAUGUACGUCCACACACUGGCGGAUCAGGACCUGCCGUUGGAGGUCUGGGCAAAGCACACCAACGAUUGUAAGCGGCAGAUCGACGAGAGGGCGGGCCGUGAUAUCCUCUCGUGUCCACCAGGAUGGGAGCGGCCAACAGCAGAGCAGCUGGCCAUCAUCGUCAGGAUGUUCAAAUGCGCGCACCCGCUGCGGAAAGACGUUCGGCUCCGGUUUGCGAUGUCAGCAUCGAACCAAUUCUCAGAACACCACGGCCUGUCCGUCGCCUCCAUAGACAAGAUUGAGGAUGGCUCGACGUCCUAUGGCUACAGAAUUUACUUGCCAAAAUACCGAGAGCUUCUCGCUCGCUUCGAGGCCGACCCAGAGAACUUCUAUCUGACCUUCAGGAUGGUCCAGGAGAUGGGAAACAUUCAGCUGUCGAUCUUGUUUGACAAUCUCGCGAAAGCAGAGGGCGACUUCCGACUUUACUCCGCCUUCAUGGUUGAGAUUGGCCAGUUUGAUCUCAGCCGCUACGCCAAGUAUUUCGAGCUGACGCUUGAGAAGGCGCAGCAAAACGUGGACGAGCUCAUUGCCAAAUCAAGAGCAUUCAUAGCGGGGAACGUCGAGAAGCGCCGUGGCACCGGGUCAUGGCAAGCCCAGCAGUUCAGACGGACGAAAGGGUCUCAAACCUUUGCCAAGGGGCGGCAAUUGGGUGAGCACGUUACCACGGAGCAUCUCCUAGAAAUGCUGGACUUCCAAAACCAAAGUUGCCACUAUACCGGUAUAACAAUCUACCCAGCUCGGGGGGGGAAGUGGAGCCCCCAUGCAGCCUGCGUCGAACUCGUGGGGGAAAGGGGCGCAUUCAAGCUCGCCUCCAUGUGGCUUGCGCGCGGGGUUGGGGGGGUGCCGCUGGCGGUGCGCGAGGCGUUCUUCGCAUAUUGGGAUCUGCAAGGGCUCCGUUACGUAUCCUACUUGGAGAAAGACGCGAGGGGCCGGAUCCUGCGGGAUCCGUACGAGGACAAAUGUCUCGAUAUUAUCAGUCGGCAAGAGCAGGAGCCGGCGAUGGGGGGGCCUCGCACAGAUCUGGGGGCAGAUGAGGUGCAUGGGGGAGUGCUCAGGAUGAGCGCAGAUGCGCGUGCGGAUUGGGCCAGCGAUGCCGAGAGUGCUGACGCUGGACAGGGCAGCGGACAAGCUGAGGAGAGCGGACGGUCAGGGUUGCCUUCGGAAGAACCCCCCCACUGCCGUUCGGAGGGUUCCACUAUUCCUGGGGCUCGCCUGGCCGCCUUCGCAAACUCUGGACAACGGAAGCAACCCUCAUAAAUAUUGUUUAGGAACCAGACGCUUUUUCCUCCCUAGCCAUUGUCAUCAGCCCUACUUGACUCCGAGAAUCUCGCCUCCAAGUCUAAUAUGACGUCGUGCUAUGCAGAGUUCGCUUUUCCCUUGCCUCCACAUCCUCCUCGCGGUCCCCCUGCGCGUUUACCAAAUUCCAAAUUCUAAACGGCGGUGGGCUACACCUGGUUGUCUCCUGGUUGAAGGACGUCUUGGACACUUCCCACCCGG